CAUUAAUAAUUAAAAUUAACACACCUCCCUCUUCAUAAAACCCAUUUCACCUCCCUUCUUCCCCCAUUUUUGAUUUGAUGUUUUCUUUUUUUCUUUUUCCAAAUUUUUCUCUUAAUUUUUUUGUUUUUAUAAUUUUCAACAAACUGUAAUUCAGCAAACAGAGAGAGAAAGUUAAAAGAGUACUACUCCAAUGCUAGGAGACUCCAGUAGUGUUCUAGCAACCACAACCACAGCCUCAACUGGCGGCGGAGGAGGAGGCGGAGGUGGGGGUGGUGCUGACUCUGCAGCUCCUCCUCACCAGCUAACCGGAAGUGGCUGUGGUGGUACCGCAGUGCAAGAAUUUGGUAUAUUAAGGGAAGGUGGCCAUAAUUCAGGUACUGAAGAUGAUAAAAGAGGCGGCGGUGGAGACGAUGGUGACCGGAGCUUCGGUGGGAACCGGUGGCCGAGACAAGAAACACUAGCACUGUUAAAAAUAAGGUCAGAUAUGGACGUAGCUUUUCGUGAUUCAAGUGUUAAGGGUCCUUUAUGGGAUGAAGUAUCCAGGAAGCUAGCAGAGCUUGGUUAUAAUCGAAGCGCCAAGAAAUGUAAAGAGAAGUUCGAAAACGUGUUCAAGUACCACAAAAGAACUAAAGAAGGCCGAACUGGUAAACAAGAAGGCAAAACGUAUCGUUUUUUUGAUCAAUUAGAAGCGUUUGAAUCUCAUACAUUAUCACAACAACCAUUAUUACAACAAACACAAACACAUCCACCCCAACACCCACAACCGCCGCAGCCGCAGAUUCUCCCGCUCAAACCUUCUCAGCCUCCGCCGGGGACGACAACUAUAGCAAUGCCGCCAAUGGUUGCUCAUCCGGUUAUUACUACUACUGUUUCAUCGAUUUCUUCAUUUCCUUCAUCAGCAAGUCCCACUGUCUUGCCCUUACAGCAAGCAAUAACAGUACCCAUACCAAACCCUAGUACAAAUUUAAAUCAGACGGCUCAAGCGGUUAAUAUGAUGCAAUCUUCGAAUUUUCCUAGUUUUUCGGCGGAUCUUCUGUCGAAUUCUACAUCAUCGUCGACGUCUUCAGACGUCGAAAUUCAUCAGGGGCGGCGGAGUAGGAAAAGAAAAUGGAAGGAUUUUUUUGAGAAGUUGAUGACUGAAGUGAUCCAUAAACAAGAAGAUAUGCAGAAGCAAUUCUUGGAAGCUAUAGAGAAGCGAGAACAUGAUAGAAUGGUUAGAGAAGAAUCUUGGAGAAUUCAAGAAAUGGCCAGAAUUAAUAGAGAACGAGAGAUUUUAGCCCAAGAACGAUCCAUAGCCGCCGCUAAAGAUUCCGCCGUAAUGGCAUUUCUGCAAAAACUAUCCGAACAGCAAAAUCCCGGCCUGCAACAACCGCAGACUAAUCCAUCACCACCGCCACAGCAACAGCCAGUACAUCCUCCACUGCCUCCGCCACCGACACAGCCACAGCCACAGCCAAUGCCGGCGCCAGUACCACAAGCACUGCCUGUGGCAGCAGUAGCAGCACAACCCGCACAACCAGCACCACCGGCACCAACAACGCAGCAGCAGCAACCAGCUGCUGCAAUUAAUCUGGAGAUGAAAUCAGAUAAUGGGGAUCGGAGUUUGACGGCGGCGAGUUCAUCGAGAUGGCCUAAAGUGGAAGUGCACGCGUUGAUUAAUCUUAGAGGCACUCUUGACUCGAAGUAUCAAGAAAAUGGACCAAAAGGGCCAUUAUGGGAAGAAAUUUCAGCCGGAAUGAAAAAACUGGGAUACAAUCGGAAUUCAAAGAGAUGUAAGGAGAAAUGGGAAAACAUAAACAAAUAUUUCAAAAAAGUGAAAGAGAGCAACAAAAAACGGCCUCAAGAUUCAAAAACAUGUCCAUAUUUUCACCAACUCGACGCAUUAUACAGAGAGAAGCACAAGAAUUUCGAUUCAUCGCCAUCAAAUAUUCAAACGAUGAAGCCUCAUGAUCAUCAUCAUCAGCCUCAUCAGAUUAAUUCAGUUCCUUUAAUGGUACGGCCCGAACAGCAAUGGCCACCUCUUCCAAAUUCUCAACAACAGCAGCAGCAUGACUCAGUAAUGGAAGAUUUAGAAAGUGAUGAUAAUCUAAACGAUGACGAUGACAAAGAUAUGGAUGAAGACGAGGAAGAUGAAGCCAGUGGGUAUGAAAUUGUAGCUAAUAGCAACAACAGACCAACGUCAAUGAGCUCAGCUGGCUAAAAAAAAGGAACAGAAUUUAAGGAUGUUCAUAUCGGAAUGGGAAGUGGGUCAGACUCAGAUUCCGGCAGCCGUGAAUUGUGGCGGAGGAAUCGGAAAUUUGUAAGAAGGAAGUAAACACAAAUAUACACUGGUGAGUGAAAACUGGGUUGGGGUUGUAGCAUAUAGUCAGUUAUGUGGAUUAUAUGUUUAAUUAAUUUCUAUAAUUUAUUUAUUUUUUUGCUAAAUAAAUAAUGUGAGGAAAAUGAGAGACAAAUAGAAGUUCAGGUUCCAAAGAAUAAAUAACAAAUAAUACUAGUGUUGUAAUUUUUCUUUAAUUUUUUUAUUUUUCAUGGUUGUCAAUAUUUCACUCUAGUGAGAUGUUUUGAUUAGUA